AUGCCUCAGCCAGACAUUCGGUACACCAAAGUGCGAUGGCUAUUAACCAUCGCUGGAGUCUUCCUGUAUGUCGGGGACAUUUGGACAGACAUUGUACUGGCUGUGAAAUAUUUUCAAGAGGAACAAUACGUCUGGACUGGGUUCACCGUAAUGUUUAUUCUGAUCGGGCUACUGGUUACUCAGAUCUUCAGCUAUGCAUGGUACUGGGAUGACUUGAAUGACCCUCUCUUAAACCCUGAAGGAAAAAAAGAAAUAUCAGACAUGUCAAAACCUGGGCUUGUUGUCCUGCAUGCAUUUGGCUUGGGCAUCUUUACCAGGUAUUACCACCUGCUGAAAGAGGGUUUCCACGUGGUUUGGACGAAAUCAAAUGGCGAUGGGGUGGAAAAGCUGAGGGAAGUUCACAAGAAGCUGUUUUGCGUGGCCACCGAUCUGAGCAUGCUCAAGCUCUUUGAGACUUUCCUGGAGAGUGCCCCCCAGCUCCUUUUGCAGCUUUACAUAUUACUGGGCCACAACAAAGUCUCAGUCAUACAGUGUCUAUCCGUGGCCUUCUCCUUCUGUAACAUUGCAUGGUCACUGGUGGACUAUCGCCGCUGCCUGCGGAGAUCUCUCCCCCAUAUCAGAGAAAUGCCCUCUGGCCUCCCCACAGCAAUCUACAUCCUCUACAAAAUUUGUACCAUCACCAGCCUCAUUCUCUGCUACAGCCUCCUUCUCAUACUGAGUAUCUACACCACAGUAGCACUCACUGUCCUCUGGCUGCUGGCAACAAUAUGGACACAUUUGCUUGAAACCAAAUUCUGCUCAGGCAGAAGCCUGGAGUUUCUCUACAGGGCAGUUGUAGGAGUCAUCCUGACAUUCACAUUUUUUAAUGUGAAAGGACAAGACACAAAAGUAGCCAUGACCACCUACUACAUUUUCUACACCAUUAUUAACAUUAUGUCGCCGUCGUUGAUGGCUUUGUUAAAGCCGGAGCUGCAAACAAGCACUUUGCUGCUGACAAUCAGCGGUUUAAUCUGUGGAUGCUCAGUGCUGGGACUGGCGUGCCUCAUUUUGUACUACGUCCAACUGCACCCCAGAAGGGUGCAGCGCGAAGAGGAUGAGGUGGACGACCCGGGAAAGGAAACAAAGUCACUUGCAAGAAUCAAGAACUUCUUGAAACCUUAA